UCUUGAUUAUUAACCUACAAAUCCUUAUCUUUCUAAGUAUCUUGUUACACUCCAAAAAUGGCCAUUUGGAAAGCUAGCAAAAGCACCUCAACAACAACUACCCUUUCUUCUUCGUCGUCGUCUUCGUCGCCUUCGAACAAUGCAAGCUCCCUCAUCAAGAAAAUUAUAAUCAAUAAGCGCGCCGCAACACUUAACAAGAAGGCGUGCACGAACAACGUCACCGUCCCCAAGGGGCAUUUUGCAGUGUAUGUUGGGGAAAAUAGAAGUAGAUAUGUCGUGCCGAUAAGGUUCUUGGCCUAUCCCGAGUUCCAAAACUUGCUACACAUGGCUGAGGAAGAGUUCGGGUUUCAUCACGAUUGCGGGAUAACCCUACCUUGCGAUGAACAAGAUUUCUGCUCAUUGUUUUCCAUGACGAUGAGAUGAUAUCAUAUAUAUAUAUAUAUAUUAUAACGUGAAAAUCUGCCACUGUUAUAAUAAAUUGAUAUAAUGUAAUAGCCUUCAA